AUAAAGUCUUAAAUUUUGAGAUUUUUUUCUGAAUUAGCCAACAGUUUGUUUUAGUUUUAUUUUUUAAGGAACCGAGGGAGGGAGCAUAAAAGAUGAAAAAAAAAAACUAAGCUGUUGUGGGUGUUUUUCUCUCAGAGCACCAGGGUGGACGGGGUGGAAGCUCAAAAGUGCAAAGAACGCUCUGGUGUUCCCGGUGCAUAUUACGAACGCACCUAAAUGUUAAGACGGAAGAGAAUGUUGGUGAACGUGAACGCACAACGAAAAUGGGGAAGUGCAAGUUUGCAGCGUCCUGGCUGGAUAUCCUGGAUUUCAAAGAAUGGCUGCAGCCAGUCGAGGGGAGCGUGAGGGAGGCAUACUGUACGAUAUGCAAGAAUUAAAUAAGUUUCGUGUCAAUGGGCAUAAACUCCUUAAAGUCGCACAUGUGUUGUGCUAGCCACAAAGCUGCUGCUAGCCGCCGAGAGCGGCAGCUACCCAUCGCUAGCUUCUGUGGAAAUCGUGUUGAACCACCACAACAUAGUCCCAACGUAACGUCGCUCCACGAUCGACAGUCGCACCUAGAGCCGGUCUGUCUCUGCUUCCUCAUCUUCUGCAGCCGUUAUCAGAGUGGCUCUGAGCAGCACAGCGACGCUGCAUGCUGAGGUGUUAAUAGUGUCUCCACACAGCGGAAAAACACCAUUCCCUGAACUCAAAUGAAAACUUGGCUGAAGUUUUCAAGGCUAUGUUUCCAGAUUCGGACAUAGCGAAGUUGUUCACUUGUGGCAAGGACAAAACUGGAUACAUCAUGUGAUUCGGGUUAGCACAGGGGCGUGAACUCUGAAUGACCUAUUACAUAAAAGUGUAAUAUCUUUGACACCUGUAGCGAUACAAACGAUGAUUUUACCAGCACAAACCAACACAAAAGGAGCAUUAACCACCCAUACUUGAUUUUAUUUUGGGGGGCAAGUGGGUCAUGUUCACAGACUGGGCUGCUCCGGCAUAUAAUGGUAACCCUGCUCACAGGAACAGAUUUAUGAAAUGAGUAAUAGAAAUUUUGGAGCAUUUGAAAUUUAGCUUGUAUUAUUAAUACAUUUUAAAAGAAACAGGAGUGUUCUUAAGUUUAGAUCGUCUCUGUGCUACCCCUUUGCAUGUGUCUCACUGUACACAAUUAAUUUUUUCUUGUUUUCUUUUUCUCUGAGGUUGCUGGUUGUGGAAUUUUGGAGCUGCAGAGAUUUGAGCUGUGCUCCAAAAGUGCAUGUUGAAGGUACCAAAUGCUUUCAUAUUAUUUACUUUUUCCUUAAUACACAAUUUUAAAUUUUGAAUUCUCUUAUUUGGUCUUUCAGGUUAUGAAUGUGGUGUUGUAAGCUUUGCUCUUUAAGUGUAUCUAAAAGGUACCAAAUUCUAAAACACUUGAGACUUAAACACUCGAUUCUUGGUCUGAGACGCUCAUAUCCGUGCAUUUACAGUCAUUGCCCUUGUACUUUCAAAACAUGGGGUGGUCUUAGGACUCAUCUAAGUCGUACACAUGGUGCUAAGCCCUCUCACACUGUAGAACGUGUUAUAUUGACUUGUCCUUCUUGUCCUGAAAGCCACAUACCAACAAGCAGAGAAUACUUCCUCCAUAUUAAUAAACAUCUCAAGAGGUUGGAGACAGUAGAUUGUGUUUAUCAAAAUUGUUCUUUCAAAACUAAUGUGUAUGGUACUUUCCAGACACACAAGAGUAGAAAACAUUCUUCAUGCACGCUCAGAGAUUUCAAAAAUGAAAUAGUGAAAAGAACUGAAUUUACAAGUAAUAAUGAUCUUUCUGAGGAGUCUGCAGAUGAAGGGCCCCCUGACUUGGAUUGUGAAGCUGGUGUAGUUGGUGAAAAUUUGGAGGAAGCUGUAGUUAAAAACCUUGCCUUGGUUUUGUUAAAGUUGGAGGUCUUUUCACAUGUACCAACAUCAGCAAUUGACAAUUUACUCGAGGGGCUACAUUUUCUAUUCACUACUUCUGCUUUACCCUUAACAAAUAGCUUAACUUUGGCCGUUCUCAAGGAGCAUAAUAUUGAGGUUAGUUCAUCGCUAGUGAAUGAGUUGUGCACUGCAUUAUACACUGGAAAUCCACUACUUAGAAGUAUUGCAAAAGGAGGGUCACUUGAAACAACAUUUAAGCGCAAGAAGUUUUACUAUGAAAAGUUUAAUGUUGUUGAGCCAGAGGAAUAUGUUCUAGAGGAAACAACAAAAAAAAACUUUCAAUAUAUUCCACUGCUAAAGUUAUUGGAGCAGUUACUUCAACGUGAAGAUAUUGUUGGAAAGCUAGUUGAAAACUAUAAAAGGAGUCACUCAAAUUCACAACUGCUUACAUGUUUUCAGGACGGUGAGAAUCAGAAGAACAAUAUUUUUUUUUCAAGUGAAGAGCUCAGAAUUUCAUUAUGCCUAUAUAUUGAUGAUUUUGAAGUGUGCAACCCACUAGGAACAUCUAGAAAAAAACAUAAACUUUGUGCGGUUUAUUGGAUUCUGGGCAACUUGCCUUCUGGUUGCAGCUCAGCCCUUUCUUCAAUCUACUUGGCACUGUUGUGUAAAAGUGAAUUAAUUAAAUCUUUCGGUUAUGAAAAAGUACUUGAGCCUCUGCUGCGUGAUUUAGUCAGACUUGAGAAGCAAGGUUUAUUCGUGCCCCUCCUUGGUUCAUUUAUCAAGGGUACAGUUCAGUGUGUCGUUGCUGAUAAUCUGGGGGCCCAUGGGCUUGGAGGAUUUGUGGAGAAUUUUUCAGCUAAUUAUUUUUGUCGUUUCUGUACAGCCCAGCUUUCUGAUAUAAAUACGUGUGAGGUAAAGACAGGAUCAUUUGAACGAAGAACAAAGGAAAAUCAUCGGCUUCAUGUCAAGACUGCUCAAGAACAAGAGUUGGCCGACCCAUACCCCCUAUGCGACUAUGAAGUUGGACACUUGCGGAUGGUCACCUUAAAAAGACAUAUUCACAUUGCUUGAAGAAUGGCUGCUACUUUGAGGGUGAUACUUGGAGUGGACAAUUCAUCCAAGUUGGUGCUUCCAUCUGGAAUCCCUGGUUCAGUGGACAUUUUAAAAGAGGAAAUACAAAGACAGUUUGGAUUGACUGAAGAUUUCAGGCUUCAAUAUAGAGAUGUUGAGUUUGACAAUGAAUACAUGAAUCUAACCACAACUGGGGACAUUAAAGACAAGAGUACAAUCAAAGUAAUUUACACUCAAAACUCUGAGCCGUCCACUGUGCCCACCACAGCACCCACAGCUGUCUCCAGAGAGACAUUACCACAGUUUAAUGCGCCAUCCUUGCCAGACACUGACAUCCUUUCCUCCUCAGACUCCAGUUCCUCUUGUUCAUCUCUUCGCGUGCGGAAAUGGCCCUUAAACUUUCCAAUACCAACGUUUAGUUUUGAUGUGGAUUUUCAGUUACACAGAGCCCAGCAAGAAUAUGAAAACAAUGGGACUCUCUUAGACCCGAGCCCAAAACUCAAAUCUGACAUAUUAGAUAUGUUAGCAUCAGAAAUUGCAAAAUACAAAGUUUAUCCAUCAAGUGGAGAUAUUGAUGAUGUCGCUAAAGCGUUAAUUCAAAAAUAUCCCUUUCUCAAAGAGAACGGAUCUGUGACUGGCUGUGAAGGCUGGAAAGUAAGCCUAAAAUACAAAAUGGCCAAUUACCGGACAACACUGAGAAACAUAGGGUGCCCAGAGGUGGCAAUAAACACUCUACAACACAAGAGAGAACGAGAGGAGAGUCCACGUCGAAACAACGUCAAAAAGCCACGGAAAGCAGAAGUGAACUUUUUACCACAAUACCCUGCAGGAGAAACAAACAAAAGUCUGGAGGAAGAACGACAAGCACUACUGAUUGAGGUGAAGAAAACAAACAACGAUCAAAUAAUCAAAAUAAAGAUGGAUAAGACGUUUGCACACAGAAGAAGAGAGGUGAUUGAAGAGAUGCCAUUCAUCGCAGAGUUCAAGAGCAGAUGGCCGGCCCUCUUCAAAGUACCCGAGAUCAAUGCGGAGUUCACCCGAAUCACCACAGUUCCACUGCUGUCCACAUUCAUGAGAAGUCUUGACCAGUACUCUAACCAGUUGAUGAAGAUUCUACGAAAAAAAGGAGGGGAAACAGCACGGCAGAUCACAGCAGCGUUGUCUGCAAUUUCACAGAGUUCCCGAAUCGAAGUGAAGCGUGAAUGCAUCCUUAAAGCUGUGAUUAUAUACCUGAAUGAGAACCCUGAAAAUCUCAUCAAAGAGUACAUGGAUUGCAACGUGAUGGAAGCUGAUGAGCUCGAGAGGAUGGAUUUGGGUGUUUAUAAAAUAAUCCACGAAGGAGCACAGCCUGAUGACUCCCUUGAAGAUGUUGGCAUCAUUAUCGAGAGAUGCACCGUCUUGCAGGAUCUUCACGAUGUGGCGAGCGGGUGUGCACUUUUGUUUGGGCUAAUCUACUGCCUCAAUCUGAGUUACCCAAAGCCACUUCGCUACACAUUUGAGUUCUUCCAGAAGGUGCUCAUGGGCCUGGAAGACAAAAAACUGUCUAACAAAAUCCAAGUGCUGAAGAACAAACUCUGCCAAAAGGAGACACAAUGACUCUUCUAAAAAAAAAAUGUCCCCCAAAAUAAGUGCUCUGUUUUCUUGCAGAGUAAAAAUGUUACAGUUUAAAAGUUUAUAAAUACAUAUAUGUUGAUCCUUGUUUGUAAAUAUUUUUUCAGCACUUUUAAUGUUUAAGAGAUUUACUGAAUGCCAUUUUUCUUUUGAUUGUGGAAAAGAAAACACAUUUCAGAAACUGAGUUUUUUUAAACUGGGGACAAAAUUACCCAGAUUGAUUUUUGUUGUUGUUGUUGUUUCACUUUAACAUUUCUGCAGUUUGAGUUACUGUGGUAAUUCUGCAGACUGUAGCCAUUGCAGACCUACAACUGUACUACACUGCACUGUCACUUGGUUGAAACUGGAAAGUUGUUUCAAAUGUUUACAUUUUGUUUUAGGCACUUCAUUUAAUGUUGCAUUAUGCAGUGUUUUUUCCAUGUUUAAGCUUUGGCUCAUUGAAAGCUAUUGUUCAAGUUGUUAAAGCAACACAAUUUUUUUCUCUUGUAUUUAUACUUAGUUUUAGCUCUGGUGUACCAAGUUUCCAUUGCAGGUCAAGGAUAUUGAGUUUUAUAAAUGUUAAAGUAUGUGUGCACAAAAAUGUGAAAGGUUGUCACCUGUACUCAAAUGAAGUGCUGGAUUUUUGGGCCUAGUAUUAAGAAUGUUGUGAGAUUUGCUACAUGCAUUUUUUUUUUUUUUUUUGUUAGAAAUACCAAAGUUAUAGUUCUGAAUCUGAUUUUUGGAACUGGGGACUAAAUCGUCCAGAUUAACCUUUUUGUGUCAUUUAAGUAUUUUAUGUAAUUGGAUUGCUGUGAUAGAUCUGCAGAUCUGACUAUAAUCAAAUGUAUUGAAUUCGGCAUCCUACGGCACACUACAGUGUCACUUUGUUAAAACUUAAAUGUUGCUUCCAAUGUUGCUCCAUUUAAUAUUGCCUUAUGCGGUGUUGUUCCCUGUAGAAGCUUUGCCUUGCUUAUCGUUAAUAAAGUUGUUGGUGCAGCA